UCAUUUAGUUACAUCUACCUGGAGUUAUUCAAACAUACUUAAACCCUUUAUUUUUCAUGGGAACAUAAUAAAAACCAAGACGGCAAUAACCUUGCAGAAUCAGGUUUACAAUAAAAGCCCACUUUGAUAACUUUGUAUAUAAAUAUACGAAGAAAAGAAGCUGCAUUUAGUACCACCUGAAACCCACAAUGAAAAGUUUUGUGUUGUAUGUGGUGGUUUUAGUGACUCUAUGUGAGGGGAUUUCACUUCCUUCUAGUUUUCGAAAAUGUAGUAGAAAAGAACGCGAUUUUAACCAGUGCUUGAGUCUAGCUAUCAACGAUGCUUUCACACAACUGGACAAACCUUUAGAAGACUAUGGUCUUCCAAAUUUGGCCCAUCUUGAAUUCCCACACAACUGCAAAGUCGCAUUUGGAAAUAGUACUGAUGGUCUAAGACAAGAAUUUACCAAAUUUACGGCGACAGGUUUCUCAAACCCAAUAAACACCACAGCAAGCAUGGACUUUGGAAAAAACGUUUUAACUCUUAAAGUAACUUACCACCAGCUGCUUUACCGGGGUGAAUACAUAGCACAAGGGAGAGUAUUUCUUUUACCUGUGGAUAUUAUGACACCAGUGGUUAUAACUUGGGAUCUGCCUACGUACACAUUCACCUUCAUGUUGGAAGAAUUUAUGAGAGAAACGAAAUACUACAAAGUAGUCAACAGUGACAUAGACAUGCAACCUCGAAGUCUGGCUUUCCACUUUGAGAAGUUGUUCGACGAUCAGCGUCUUAACGAUGCACUGAAUGAGGCCAUGUCUAAAAAAUGGCUACAAAUUUUUACCCGGUUGAAAUAUAAAGAAAAGGUCUUUGCACCGUUUUUCGGUACAUUUUUUAACAACUUUUUAGAGAGAGUUCCAGUUUCUGAGAUUUUUGGUUAAGUGAUUUGUAUUGAUUUAAACAACUUCAGCUUAUAAAUGUAUUGUAUGAGUACUUUUAGUUUUGCUUAAUUUCUUCAAAUAAUAAGUAUGUAAGAAUUU